GUCUGGUUCCCUGGUGCCCUCCAGGACCGAAGUUGUCCAGCCCUGCUUUAGGGAACCUUAUUUGUUAGAAACAACACGGAUUUGGAAUGCAUGUGGCUGCUUGCAUUAGGCUGUAUGUUUUCCAGUGCGGCAAUGUGAGGUUUGGUGAUAUGCUUUUUAAUGAAUGUUUUGUUUCCAAUUAGUUAGAUGACGAUUAUAAUAAUAACUGAUCAUUACGACAGAUUAUUUCCAUGUUUGUUGUGCAUAGUGCCUUUGAUAUCCAUUAAAAUGCCAUUUUUGCUGUUUUGUUUUUUUUAAAUGUUGUUGCUGUUACAGUCUGUAUGACCUGUUUGUCUAUGGAUAUCUUUGUCUAUUAGUGUCCAGAAGAAGCUUUCCAAAAAUGAACAUCAGCUCGAUUAAACCGGCGCACCUGUCGACCAGCUGUGGAAAGCUUUUGUGCAUUCAAAGCAGGCUGAGGCCCAAUCGUUCUCAUCAGCUGGUUGCAAAGAAUGAACAGAAAUUCAACCCUGGGAACUCAGUCAAGGUGUAUCAUAUAUUGUAUAAUAGAACCAGACAAUGCAUGGCUUUUGGCUUUGAGGUGGAAAAUAAGUCUGUUUUCCCUUUUGUUACUAACGGUGAAGAGGUCAAAUUUAAGGCUUUACUCACAGACAAGCUGAUUACGGGAAAGGCCUUUGAUGAAACGUUCUUAUUUAAGUGGGGUGAGCAAGAGAUCUCUGGAGGUUGGAGGAGUCUGGAAUCAGUGGCUAAACCCAAAAAGUACCUGUGUGUUAAAAAUGAGGUCAAAGUGAUCAUCACAGAAAAACAGAGUCCGGUUUUUCAAAUCUGUUACUCAGAUGAGAAAAAAGGUGAAAUCCAAGAUAAUGAGAGAAAUCCAUACAAAGAGAUCUCCUGGCGAAGACGCAACUUAAAAAGAGGACCUUCAUGCCGCACGGAAUCGGAAUCCAAUAAACCACUGUGCUGCAACAACAGGAAAACCAAGCGGAUGAAGAUGUGAAGAGCUGAAGCUUCUUCACCAACAAAAGGGCUUUGAUCGUUCUGAGAAAACAUGAGCGCGAUUCCUCCGUGGGUCUUUGAGGCAUGGCAUUUUCUCCAUUUAUUUGCAUGCGUUUCACUUUUAUUUGUAUAUCUUUCACUUUUCAGUGAGGUGUGUUCACCAGUGAUGUUGGGCAUAUCUCAAUUUCUAAUGUUUCUGAAAGAAGUCUCUUCUGCUCACCAAGCCUGCAUUUAUUUGAUCCAAAG